GAACACCCCGUCUCGAGUGCUCGUUCCUGGAUCUGUACAGAAUCGAGCCACUCUAUGAAGCAGAACACCCCAUCUCGAGUGCUCGUUCCUGGAUCUGUAUAGAAUCGAGUAUUUCAUGAAGCAGCAUACCCCAUCUCGAGUGUUCGCUCCUAGAUCUGUAUAGAAUGGAGCCACUUCAUUUCAAACGGUUGCUACGGAAGGUCGCAUGUGGGUUCAUGUGAAUUCUCCCAAGCAUCUUCGUACAUAUUGGAAGUCUGUAGAUCAGGUGACAGCCCAGAGUUGAUUUGGAAAGGACUCUGCCUGAUAGGCAUUGUGUUUCGUCUCAGUGACAUAGUAAUGAAAUCUUCUUUGGAGACUCUAGAUGAUACUAAUUUGUUGCACUGUGAACCAAAUUCUUCUUCAUGAGCUUUGACGACCAAUUGGGCCCGAGGAAUCAUCUUCCGUCAUCGUCGAGUGUUGUUCGUCCGAAGCUCCGGGAGUCGUUGCGGACAAGAAGAGCCCCACAUUCAUUCACCUGAUCCAGAAUAGCUCCGACUUCCCAUCAGCCGUACGGGUUUUAGAUUUAAGUCCCAAAGUUAGACCACACUCUGUAAAGCCUCGCUCUCACACGGAAGAAGAUCACCAAGAUGAUGGGUACUCCGAAUUUGUUGCUGCUGGCGCUCAUAGGAGCUGGAUGGUGCGGGGUCCUUGUAACAUGUGAAUUCACACUCGGUACAGACGCAUCUCCUUUUCUCUGCUAUGGAGAGGGCGGCUUGUGGUGUGGGGGCGACGCGAACGUCGGUUCCAACGGAGUUUUGAACUUGACGCCAGAUGACAGGACCAAGCCUCAACAUCACGUCCGAACGGUGGGCAUGGCUCUCGUCUCGUCUCCUAUCGACAUGCGAGGAUACCUUUACGGCUGGAAGUCCUUCCGCACACACUUCACUUUCAGAAUCGAGCCCAUCCAUCCACCUGGAGAUGGCUUGGCCUUUGUGAUGCUCGGUAGUAAGGAAAUGGGCACUGAAGGUGGCAAUUUAGGCGUCUACAAUCGUUCCGGGUGGCAGAACGUCCAGACGGUCGCCAUAGAGUUUGAUACAUAUCAAAACUCCGAUUAUGAGGACAUAAAUGCAAAUCACGUUGGCAUUGACUUUCAGACCGCAAGGUCGAAUAUCGCGAGAGAUGCUUCGGCAGGUGACAUUUCACUUGCCGGAGGUGAAGUCAUUCACGCCUGGAUCGACUACAGUGCAGUUGACGAGCAGCUGGAAGUUAGGAUUGGGCUUGACGGAAGAAAACCCAGGGACCUAUUCCUCAGCUACUCGGUAGCACUUUCUGAAAUCUUCAGUGGGCCGGUGUACGUAGGCUUCGCGGGAUCCAAUUCUGUAUUCUGCUAUUGUCACAGUUUUUACUCCAUCUUGUACUGGACCUUCGAGACUUUCUGGGAAUUUCACCCCCUGCAUUUCCUUCUAGGAAUCAUCAGUUUUGUAGUGCUUCUUGUUCUGGUCAAAUUCCUCCAUUGUGAUAGAUCUGUCUCGUCUAGUGAUUACCAGAGCAACAACUUACCAGCAACUGCAACCUACAAGCGGCUCUCAGACCCGCCUCCAGUUGAAGACUGUCCAGCAAUCGCACCUCGUGAAUUCAGCUUCAGAAAGCUGCAGUUUGUUACCGAUGGUUUCAACCACAUCCACAGAGAAACCAAAUCCGUCUUGAUCUAUAAGGGUACGCUGCGGAUGAGGAUUGGACCAUUAUGGUCUUCGUGAUUCGGAUGGAAGAAGUUCGAUGUGGCCGUGACGGAAUGGACGACCACGGGUUCGCUCGAAGACCACUUGAGGAAGUUUGAGUCUACGAUCCGCACUCUCCAAAGUGUGCAACAUGGUAACAUUACGAGGUUCUUCGGCUGGUGCAGAGAAGGGAACAAAUGCUUACUGGUGCACGAGUUCAUGCGACGCGGAGACUUGGAGUAUGCCUUGUUUAAGUCGAGACAGUCGCUCUCCUGGAAGGACAGGAUCGAUGUGAUAUCCGGCAUAUGUGAAGCCUUGUGCUACCUCCAUGAAAGGCGGAUCCUGCAUCUUCAGGUCAAGGCUAGUAAUAUUCUUCUGGACGGUGUUUCGGUCGCGGAGCAGGGUCAUUUUGUCACCAAAGCUAAGCUCAAUGAUUUUCGGCUGGCGGAGGCAUUGGAACCUGGUGACAAAAUCCCAAAAGAAUCUCUGGCGUAUUGGUUGUCUGUACAUAAGAGUUUCGGGAACCUGCCUCCAGAGGCUGUCAAGGAAGGAAAAUUCAGCGAUGAGUCUGAUGUCUACGCAUUUGGAAACGUGAUCCUGCAAAUCGUUACCGGGAAGCGCACUGCAGACCCGGUUCCGAACUCCAGCACGUUUCUUCUGUGCAAUUGGGUCGAAGAGAAGCGGGAUCGACCCCAAACUAUCGACUAUCUAUCGACCCCAAACUCCGUCACCCUUUCUGGCAAGAUGAGGCCAUUACACUUCUCAAACUUGGUCUGGAAUGCUUGGAGCCGGAUCGACAUAAGAGACCCUCCAUGUUGUGCAUUAAGGAGUAUUUGGAGUCUCUUAGGUUGCACCUUAGCAGUGGUAGGUCACUGCCUUCACAGACCAGAGGGCAACUCCAUGCUGUGCACAAUAUUUCAUCUGUAAUGGACUUGUUGAAUUCAAGUCGGGUAGCGAAUAGCAGUGUUCUUACAAGGAAGUGAAGUUUUGCAAUUCGUCGGUACAAUCUCCGGGCCCAGCAAAGAACGUGUGCAGUUAAGUUGCCAGUGUACAUAAAACGAAACACAGAAGAAGAGAGAUUCUGUUUUUCCUCCAGCUGAGUGUAAUGACUCGGGUUCAUUCUCAAUAUGAGAAGCAAUUGUGAACAGCUGUGAUUGAAGAACUGAAGCUGCAUGAUGACUCUGCAUGUUCCUGGCUCAUUGCUACUCUUGCAGCUGUUUUGUACAAUGUAGCCUCAGGAGGCUAUAAAUCCCAGUGCUUGACAUGUCUUAGAGGCAGAUG